AUGGAAGAAGAAUGUUUGAACUACACGGUAUAUCCACUACAAUACGAGCUGAAUAUUUACCCCUAUGUGAACGAAGGCCAAUCCUAUUUUGAUUGUGAAAUUAGAAUAACUGUAAUAGCAAACGCACCUAAUGUGAGAGUGAUCGAAUUAGAUGCAAAGGACUUGAAUAUCAAUUACAUAAAAGUAUUAGAUGGCAACCGCGAUAUUAUAAGCAGUUCACGGCCUAUGGAAUUCAACAGUGUUCAUGGAAAAUUGUAUAUAUAUUUGCAGGAGCCAUUAAAAAUGUAUCAUGCCAGUAAUAAACAGUACUACUCCAUUCAAAUUUCUUAUAGGAAAUUAGUAAAAGAAGACGGCAACGGUAUAUUUUUGGUCAAAUAUUAUGAUGAGCAGAGUAAAGAUUACAAGUAUCUUUUUACAACGAGACUAUCACCAAACAAAGCCAAAUACUUCUUCCCGUGCUUUGACAAUCCCCGGUUUGAGGCGGUGUUCAAGUUCAAAGUGUACAUAACACAGAAGAUGAAGAAUGUACAGACUACUAACACAACUCUAUGUAUUGCUGAGGAACAGAGAAGAGACAUUUUGGACGAUUAUAUUAUUGUGGACUAUAUACCUUCACCUCAGGUUGGUCUACACCAAGUUGGCUUUCACUACUCGCGAUUCGCGAGCAUGCAAACAUACGCCAAGAAAUGUAAUGAUACCUUCAUUUUAUGGGCUCCUAUUGACGAAAUAGAUGAUUUUAAGUUCAUAUUCAAAUAUGGAAUUACAAUCAUAGAUGUGAUUCAUGAAUAUUCAAGAACAAACAGGUCUCUAGUGCAAGGACCUAUUAAUUUAGUUGCUGUUCCUACAAUUAUAUCAGGUUAUGAGAUCGGUAGCUGGAAUCUGCUAACAAAUGGAGCACAUCGGAUAGUCAAAAUUGACCAAUUCACCAGUAUUAAACAAAUUGAAACAAUGACGUUUGAAUUGGCUCAACAACUAAGCAGAAUCUGGCUCGGCAAUCCUGGCGAAGCUGAUAGAACCAGGUGGAAAGAAGAGUGGUUCAAAGAAGGAAUGGCCACUUAUUUGGCAUAUUAUUUUAUAACUCAGUACAAUCAUGGCAUCACACCGGUACAAUGGCGUCAACUAGGCGAAUAUGGUCUUCAAAUGAAACAUAGAGCUAUGGCUUUCGACUGGCAUAGAACUACUCCAGCUUUAGGAACAUUCAACUCUUCGCUGGCUAUAGAGAUACCAUCAAGAUAUAAAGAACUAGUCCAGAUGAAGACAGGAGCCAUACUGUGGAUGUUGGAGAACUGGGUCGAGUCUGACAAGUUUCAUCAGUCACUAGUGGAUUUUAUUAAUUCUAGGAGAGGCAAAUAUAUAUCAUUACAAGAAUUCACGACAGUUCUGGACCGCGAUAACAUAGAAUGUCUGCAUCAGUUCUUCAACGGUUCCACUGCGUCACGAAUUCUGUGGACUUGGAUUCGUCGUCCAGGUUACCCGGUCAUCAACGUUCAAGUACUCAGGGACAGGACACCUAAUGCCAUUCAACUAAAGCAGAGGCAGUUUAGCUAUACCGCCGAAAAUCGCAGGGAGACCGAUUUCCUGAUCCCCAUCUCAUACAUCGUUCAAAACAAUCAAAACUGCUUCAACUGCUACCGUCCACGAUUCACCAUCGAUGCCCAAGCUUAUACUUUUGGGGAAAACUUGAAUGACGGAUGGAUUUUACUGAACAGAAAAGGCUCAGGAUAUUAUCGAGUUAAUUAUGAUACUUUAACCUGGAGACUGAUUGCUAAAACAUUGAAAGAGAAUAUGUCAUCUAUUGAUGAACUGAAUAGAGCUCAGAUAGUAAAUGAUGUCCUAGUUCUUUACGUAGCAGGAGACAUAGAUGUUCAACUUGCAAUGGAAAUUCUGGAUUAUUUGGACAAUGAAGGAAGUCCGGUUGUAUGGGAAUCGGUUUUAGAUGGCUUCGAAAAAUUCAUCGUAGAAGAUGCUGCUUGCAAUAUGAACAAAUAUUUAUAUCGAGAGUGGGAGGAGUUUUUGACGAAAAAACUAUCAAAGAUCUUUGGACAACUAGCAAAAAGCAAGGAUCAACAGUUUCAAACAAGAUUGUUCCGAAGUAAUAUUAUAGAACUGGCUUGUUUGUUGAACUACGAGCCGUGUCGUGCACAUAUUAAUAGAAUGUAUGUAGAGGAGAGGAGGGGUAAACACAACUUUUUCCCCGACUGCAGAAUGUCGUAUUUUUACAUUUUAGCGAAUCAAACAUUGAGUAACACUUACUCUAGGAGGUUAAAUGCAAUUGAACAAGAGGACAAACAUAUUGCUGAUCACAAAAUGCGGGAGAGAAAUCGAUUUUUAUACAGAAUCCCAAUCGGAGCACCAAGCCCCAUGCCAAUCAGGAUGUCUACGACUGAACAGACAAUCACAAUGAAACCUGAAAUGAUCCAUAAGGACGGAACACCAUCUUUAUCUGCCUCGAUUAUUAUUGUUCUUGGUUCAAUACUUGCGAGUGCUUUUAAUACAUAA